AUGUCUGAUCCAAAUAACUCUGGUGGAAACACACUUGGAGGCGGUUCUGGCGAGCCUCUGCCUCCCGAAUGGGCUGCUCGCAGCGGAGGGUCAGGUGGGGGUGGUAGAGGAGGUGGAGCGGGGAGACUAGGAAGGAUCGGAGACUGGGGAGGAACUAAUACGGGUGGAUUUGCCACCCUCCGCGAUGUUGCCUCGUCCGCCCCUCCGCCACCUUCUCGUAGACCACCGGAGGAUGAUGACGACGAGGAGGAAGACGACGGCCAACCAGCUAAUCUCUACACUGGAGGAGAGCAUUCCGGUCUCUCUGUCCAGAACCCAGACACGGCUCGGCGAUCCGGUCCACCUAAUCUCGUUCGAGAUAUAUUCAAAAAGGCCGCCGAGGGAUCGAGCUCGAACGCUGCAGCAGCACCCAGCGAAGAACCAAGGUCGAGUAUAUUCUCUGGAGGAGGGCAUACAUUGGGCAGCGACGAAAUCGAAUCGACAUAUAUCCCCGAUCCAAAUGCGCAGACCGCCAGGCCGGAAGACGACGACGAAGUAGCGAUCCGUGAAAUCACCUUUUGGCGGGACGGAUUCAGCAUUGCAGACGGUCCGCUCCUCAAAUACGACGACCCGGCAAACCAAGCGAUCCUCAGCGCUAUCAAUUCAGGCUCGGCUCCUCCUUCCGUGUUGAACGUCCGGGUCGGCCAACCGGUCGAACUGCGGUCUGGGAAUCGACUGGGUGCGCCAGCUCCGUCGGGAGAGGCAUCCGGGUCUGGGUCUGGAUCGACAUCGAUGCCUGGCACGUUUGCGAACUCUGAGCCCGAGGCGAUUCGAACCAUGUUCGAGGUCGACAACUCGCAGCCGACGACAAGCAUACAGGUUCGACUUGCGGAUGGAACACGGCUUACAUGUCGUAUGAAUUUGACUCAUACGGUUGGGGACAUCCGAAGCUUCAUCAAUGCGUCUACUCCCGGAGCCGCGUCCCGUCCGUACACCAUCGGAACGACCUUUCCUAAUCGUAUACUCGAAGACCCAUCGCAAACGGUGGAAGCAGCUGGAAUCAAGGGAAGCGUGGUCGUGCAGCGUUGGAUGGUAGAAGGUAUAUAUCGCAUCUACUGGCCUCUCAUUUAUACCUCUUUUGACGUAGAAGCCAUAAUGAAAAAUGUGAUAGUUGGUAGGCUGUACGUUCACGGAAUGCUGAGUAGCGAGAAACAGGAUGACCCGCUGAUGCGUAUGGAUAGUGCACAGGAACUUACUUAUCUGGUAGAAAGGAGGGGCGUGCCGCCGGAACUAAACGCAUACUAUGUCAAUAGGAGGCGGUACGUGUCCAAGUGUGAAUUUGGACACCUCGAGCGAGAGCUAAUGGAGUUUGGGUUGCUGGGUACGAGUAGUUGGUACGUGGUUCGUGACUUUGUUGCCGAGUUUGGGUUGGGGGAGGAGGUGCUAACUGUCGAAUCUCAGGAGGUACCCGGUGCGUAUGGGGCUGGUGUCGAGCAUGGAUAUGCACUGACCACACACUGCGUGCUGUUCGGUAUAUCAGGAUGUGCGUAUGGGGCUGGUGUCGAGCAUGGAUAUGCACUGACCACACACUGCGUGCUGUUCGGUAUAUCAGUGGGUGCGUAUGGGGCUGGUGCCGAGGAUGGAUAUGCACUGACCACACACUGCGUGCUGUUCGGUAUAUCAGCAGGUGCGUAUGGGGCUGGUGUCGAGGAUGGAUAUGCACUGACCACACACUGCGUGCUGUUCGGUAUAUUAGCCGGUGCGUAUGGGGCUGGUGUCGAGCAUGGAUAUGCACUGACCACGCACUGCGUGCUGUUCGGUAUAUUAGCCGGUGCGUAUGGGGCUGGUGUCGAGGAUGGAUAUGCACUGACCACACAGUGCGUGCUGUUCGGUAUAUUAGCUUGUGCGUAUGGGGCUGGUGCCGAGGAUGGAUAUGCACUGACCACACACUGCGUGCUGUUCGGUAUAUCAGGAUGUGCGUAUGGGGCUGGUGUCGAGCAUGGAUAUGCACUGACCACACACUGCGUGCUGUUCGGUAUAUCAGUGGGUGCGUAUGGGGCUGGUGUCGAGCAUGGAUAUGCACUGACCACACACUGCGUGCUGUUCGGUAUAUCAGUGGGUGCGUAUGGGGCUGGUGUCGAGCAUGGAUAUGCACUGACCACACACUGCGUGCUGUUCGGUAUAUUAGUCGGUGCGUAUGGGGCUGGUGUCGAGGAUGGAUAUGCACUGACCACACACUGCGUGCUGUUCGGUAUAUCAGUGGGUGCGUAUGGGGCUGGUGUCGAGCAUGGAUAUGCACUGACCACACACUGCGUGCUGUUCGGUAUAUCAGUGGGUGCGUAUGGGGCUGGUGUCGAGCAUGGAUAUGCACUGACCACACACUGCGUGCUGUUCGGUAUAUCAGGAGGUGCGUAUGGGGCUGGUGUCGAGGAUGGAUAUGCACUGACCACACACUGCGUGCUGUUCGGUAUAUUAGUCGGUGCGUAUGGGGCUGGUGUCGAGGAUGGAUAUGCACUGACCACACACUGCGUGCUGUUCGGUAUAUUAGUCGGUGCGUAUGGGGCUGGUGUCGAGGAUGGAUAUGCACUGACCACACACUGCGUGCUGUUCGGUAUAUCAGUGGGUGCGUAUGGGGCUGGUGUCGAGCAUGGAUAUGCACUGACCACACACUGCGUGCUGUUCGGUAUAUCAGGAUGUGCGUAUGGGGCUGGUGUCGAGCAUGGAUAUGCACUGACCACACACUGCGUGCUGUUCGGUAUAUCAGUGGGUGCGUAUGGGGCUGGUGCCGAGGAUGGAUAUGCACUGACCACAUACUGCGUGCUGUUCGGUAUAUUAGCCGGUGCGUAUGGGGCUGGUGUCGAGCAUGGAUAUGCACUGACCACACACUGCGUGCUGUUCGGUAUAUUAGCCGGUGCGUAUGGGGCUGGUGUCGAGCAUGGAUAUGCACUGACCACACACUGCGUGCUGUUCGGUAUAUUAGCCGGUGCGUAUGGGGCUGGUGUCGAGCAUGGAUAUGCACUGACCACACACUGCGUGCUGUUCGGUAUAUUAGCUUGUGCGUAUGGGGCUGGUGUCGAGCAUGGAUAUGCACUGACCACACACUGCGUGCUGUUCGGUAUAUUAGAAGGUGCGUAUGGGGCUGGUGUCGAGGAUGGAUAUGCACUGACCACGCACUGCGUGCUGUUCGGUAUAUCAGGAGGUGCGUAUGGGGCUGGUGCCGAGGAUGGAUAUGCACUGACCACACACUGCGUGCUGUUCGGUAUAUUAGCCGGUGCGUAUGGGGCUGGUGUCGAGCAUGGAUAUGCACUGACCACACACUGCGUGCUGUUCGGUAUAUUAGCUUGUGCGUAUGGGGCUGGUGCCGAGGAUGGAUAUGCACUGACCACACACUGCGUGCUGUUCGGUAUAUCAGGAUGUGCGUAUGGGGCUGGUGUCGAGGAUGGAUAUGCACUGACCACACACUGCGUGCUGUUCGGUAUAUUAGCCGGUGCGUAUGGGGCUGGUGUCGAGCAUGGAUAUGCACUGACCACACACUGCGUGCUGUUCGGUAUAUUAGCUUGUGCGUAUGGGGCUGGUGUCGAGGAUGGAUAUGCACUGACCACACACUGCGUGCUGUUCGGUAUAUCAGUGGGUGCGUAUGGAGCUGGUGUCGAGGAUGGAUAUGCACUGACCACGCACUGCGUGCUGUUCGGUAUAUCAGGAGGUGCGUAUGGGGCUGGUGUCGAAGAUGCAUAUGCACUGACGACCCACUGUACUGUUCGGCACCUCAGUGGGUAUGUGGAAUAUGACCAUGCAUUCCACAAGCUUAUGGGUAAACAUUUGGCAUCUAAGAUGGAGGUGCGUACAUUUCUCACUGUUUGUACAAAUGCUUGCUGA